ACAUAACAGUGCAUUCUGCCAUUAAGCUGGGCAAUAGGGGGAACAGAUCAGUUCGGUUCCAAAGAAAUUUGAAACGUUGGUCAAAUUUGCUUCAAAAGAAUUAUUAACUUCUUUAAAAAAAAAAAAAAGAAAAAAAAAGAAAUGACCUGUCCGGGCUGUACCCCACCUCUAGUCCACACCCGCUGGAUCUUCCCCGCGACCCUGCAAGGACAAGAUUACUUCGGAACGGAUUACUUCAGCAAUAAAAGAAAAAUAAUAAUAAAUUAACAUAUUGAACAAAUUCUUGACAGCUACUUCAUUCUCACCAUUGCUCAUGUCAUUUGGCUGGCCAUGGUGGAGUUUGCACAUACGCUGCUGUAAAUGCAUUGCUGUGCAUAACCGUUGAAAGGGCACACGUACCCGGACCUCCUUGCAGAUUGUGAAGUCAUGCCGUUUUUGGAGUUCGUAGCUGGGAGCAUUUCAGGUGCAGUGGGAAUCGCAGUGGGACAUCCGUUGGACACAGUGAAGGUGCGUCUGCAAGCCAAGUCUGUGUAUAAAGGGAUAUUUGACUGUGUGACCAAGACAUACUUGAACGAAGGAUUCCACGGAUUCUUCAAGGGCAUGUCCUUCCCUGUUUUGACCACUGGCCUUGUCAACUCCAUUGUCUUUGGCUCCUACAGUAAUGCUUUAGAUUACCUCUCUCAGUCUGAUCGUCGUCUCACCAGCCACCGCAACCAAGUGUCUUCACUACAAGUCUUUACUGCGGGUUGCUUUUCAGGCAUGGUGCAGGUGCUGGUUUGUGCCCCGAUUGAUCUGGUGAAGGUGCGUCUGCAGGGUCAAACAACGGCCGAGCGGUACCGUGGACCCAUACACUGUGUGGCAGUCAUACUCCAACAGGAGGGGGUCAGGGGUCUCUAUAGAGGAGGGGCGGCUCUGGCUCUGAGGGACGUACCAUGCUACGGACUCUAUUUCCUGCCUUAUGAGCUCAUUCGUAAGGCCCUGACUGAGACCGGAGAAGAGCCAGGUACCUUUGCCAUACUGAUGGCAGGAGGCGUGGCAGGUGUGGUGACCUGGGCAUGUGCCACGCCCAUGGACGUCGUGAAAGCUCGGCUCCAGAUGUCUGGAGCCGGUGGUCAGCAGUACAGCGGGGUCCUGCACUGCAUGAGAGUGAGCUUGAAGGAGGAAGGAGUCAGAGUCUUCUUCAAAGGCCUCCUGCUGAACAGUGUCAGGGCGUUCCCCGUCAACGCCGUGACCUUCCUGACCUACGAGAGUCUGCUGAAGAGCUUCUGUCCAUCAGGCAAAUAGGAAAAACUAUUUUCAGUAAAUGAGCGCCAAAGGACGCAAGGAAGUUAACGCUACGUCUGAUAUUUUCAAGGUGAUAUUGCAAAGAGAUGCAAAAAUCUGUCCACAGAUCAAGGCUAAAACAACCAAAGUUUGUCGUU